CUCUUCUACCCGUUCACUCACUUCCGGCCUAUGUCCCCCUAAAAGAAGGUCCUGGCGGCGCUCUAGCUCCGCGGAUCAAUUUUUUAAGCGUUUGGUGCAAUCCGAGCUGAAUCGGAGCCAUCAGAACCGCAACCAUGACGGUGGGAAAGAGCAGUAAGAUGUUGCAGCACAUCGACUACAGGAUGCGCUGUAUUCUCCAGGAUGGGCGCAUCUUCAUUGGGACCUUCAAGGCCUUCGACAAACACAUGAACCUCAUCCUGUGUGACUGCGACGAGUUCAGAAAGAUCAAGCCAAAGAACUCGAAGCAGCCGGAGCGCGAGGAGAAGAGAGUUUUGGGGCUGGUACUGCUUCGUGGUGAGAACCUGGUGUCAAUGACCGUGGAGGGUCCCCCACCCAAAGACACUGGCAUUGCCCGUGUGCCCCUGGCUGGCGUGGCCGGAGGUCCUGGUGUGGGCCGCGCGGCAGGUAGGGGGGUUCCCGCAGGAGCUCCAAUGCCACAGGCACCCGCUGGGUUGGCCGGCCCUGUCCGCGGCGUGGGAGGCCCCUCGCAACAGGUGAUGACCCCACAGGGCAGGGGGACGGUAGCGGCGGCAGCAGCAGGGGCCAGCAUUGCAGGGGCCCCCACCCAGUAUCCCCCAGGAAGAGGUGGACCCCCACCCCCCAUGGGCCGCGGAGCACCCCCACCAGGUAUGAUGGGCCCUCCGCCUGGCAUGAGGCCCCCAAUGGGCCCACCCAUGGGCAUGCCUCCUGGCCGCGGAGCCCCAAUGGGCAUGCCCCCGCCAGGGAUGAGACCACCCCCCCCUGGGAUGAGAGGACCCCCUCCUCCAGGAAUGCGCCCCCCCAGGCCCUGAGCAUCUCGGUCAGACUGUCGCUUGACGCCUGGAGCUGAACCCCCCCCUGCACCAGGACUCUGCUUUUUGCGUCAAGUUCUUGUAUAGUUGUGGUUUUUUUAUUUUGGUGUAAUAUUUUUAAAUAAAUUGUUUUGGACAA